AUGAAUGCAAAUGGUGUCUCGAUCACCAAAGGCUGCAGCGAUCAAAAUGAUUCUGUAGCCGGCAAAGUACCAGCAACCACCACCUCUUCGAGAGACUCGAACCGAAGCAAACACCCGGCACGAAGUGCUUUGGAUAGAUUGAAACGAACUGCAGUCUCCCUCCAUGAGGAUGUGGACCUGGUUAGCCAACGCAUCUCGCAGCAAGCGAACAAGAUUGAGCAGAUGGAACAGCAAUUGGAGAACGCACAACAACGCAUCCAGAAGUUGGAGGUUGAUCUUCAAACUCGAAUAUUUAGAUCUAUACCUGACUACCAGCUCAGUGAUGCGACUGUUUCCGAGGAUUUCCUGGUAUUCCGCUAUAGCCUCAGCGAGUGGGUGGAAGGAUUUCCUGAUAUCAAGUCUUUCACCGAAACUUUUUAUGAUGCCACCUACCGCCAAGGUAUUUGUGAGAACAUGUUCGCCCUUCAGAGAAAGUUUCAGUUACAAUUUGAUCACGCACAAACUGAGAUAUUGACAUGGAUUAGCUUCUGUGUUAUUGGAGAAUAUGUACUCGGACCUAGAGUAUUCGCCGCACCACCAGCGGAUCAAGAACUCAUGGAACACCUUCAUAAAGGGAUGUCGAUGCUGGAACCGAAAAAAGUGAGGGCUUACACUGCAACUCAACUGCACAAGGAUAGGGUUAUUCAACACUGCACUGGAUUGUCGGAGUAUUUGCGUGGCUUUUUCAGUUACUUCAGGUUUGAGGAAACGUUUGAUUGGGACCAAAAGUUUAGAAGACUCGAGAAGCAGUGGGAACGGUAUCGAGAUGUAGGUGCCGAUGGGACCCUACCUAUAAUUAUCGACAAGAGCCAUUUAAGUGAUUUUAUAAUCAUGGAUGCCCAUACUCACCAGACGCUCAAUCCUCAGGCUGCGAGGUUUGCGAGUAUGCAGGAUGAUGCACCUAUUGGUGUGUUCCUUCUGGUUGUGUAUCCGGCCUUGUUUCGGUGGGACCCCACGACGCAGAGCUUUAUUCUGAUUCAAAAGGCAGUGGUUUUGAUCCAAGGAUAUGAGAGUUUGCCUCCAGACUUGAAGGCAGAGGUUGAUUCUCUGGAAACAGAAGGGUGAUAUGCGAUUCUGAUGUUGUGCCUUGCGCCUUCCGCAUGUCAAGUGGGAACUAUGCUCUGGAUGGGGGUCAAGGACAACGUGAGAACGUUUUCACAUUCAUGGGCAAUUGCUUCAUUGUUUUCCUUCCUUGUCAUAUUACCGCAGAAUCAAGACGUGAGCCCCAUUAAAGAUAGGCUAAAACAAGCCAAGAAGAAUAUGUAUACUCCUAGCGACUUGCGUAGCUAGUGUACUCCCAUAGAGCUGUGCAUGGCCUGUGGAAAGGAAAGAAGAAGAGGAGCCUACUGCUACCUAACCGAUUAACAAGCACCUGACCUCCAUCAAUCAUGGUCUGGUCAAGGCUGCAAUGUGUGAGCCGGUGUAUAACAGUUGACAGACAACAGCCUUCAAAGGGUAUGAAUCACUUGCUUCACCAGAAGCUCAAGGAAUUCAGUUUGGUCAAAAUCGUAAAAUCUAUUCCUUGAACACCAUGUCUACAACAUGACGGAGAAAGAUAUGAAAUGGUGCCUACUAUGUCUUCAUUGCGCCGUUAUACCCUAUACACCUCAGACCC